AUGAACCAGAAGAUGAUGAAGUUGGAGAAUCUGCUGCGAUUUCACGGUGUUUGUAGGCGGCUGCACAGCCUGCGUCAAAGGAGAACGUUGGUGCAUUGGAGACCUGGCCACCCAGUAUGGACAGCUCCACCGCCUGGCCAGCCCUGGCAGACAGACACACUUAAUGGGGCUGCUUUAUCUCAGUAUAGGUUUCUAGUGACAAAGAAGGAAGGAAACCCAAGGAGAUCUCUGUUACCUUUGACGAACUCUAAGAAGGAGGUGGAGGUUUGGCUGGGGAUGACUGUGGAGGAGCUGGCCCGAGCGAUGGACAGAGACUUGGAUUGUGUAUAUGAAGCUUUACUGAACACCACUAUUGACCUGGAUUCUCUAGAAGCCAACUCACGUUUAGAUGAAGCCUGCAUCAAAGAAGUAAUAAAGAAGACAGGGAUGAAAUUUAAAUGGAACAAGUUAAAACAAGACAAAGUCAGGGAAAAUAAAGAUGUUGUACGAAGGCCCCCGGCAGAUCCGGCUUUGUUAACCUCAAGGUCCCCAGUUGUUACUAUAAUGGGCCAUGUUGAUCAUGGAAAAACGACGUUACUUGACCAACUUCGAAAAACUCAAGUGGCCGCAAUGGAAGCUGGAGGCAUCACUCAGCACAUUGGCGCCUUUCUUGUCUCUCUGCCUUCCGGGGAAAAGAUCACCUUUCUUGAUACCCCAGGACACGCGGCCUUUUCUGCGAUGAGGGCCCGAGGCGCCCAGGUCACUGACAUUGUCAUACUGGUGGUAGCAGCAGAUGACGGUGUGAUGAAGCAAACGGUAGAAUCUAUUCAGCACGCCCAAGAUGCCCAAGUUCCUAUUGUCCUUGCCAUAAACAAAUGUGACAAAGCUGACGCUGACCCUGAAAAGGUGAAAAAAGAGCUGCUGGCUUACGAUGUGGUGUGUGAAGACUAUGGGGGCGACGUCCAAGCAGUGUCUGUCUCUGCGCUUACGGGCGAUAACCUGAUGGCUUUGGCAGAAGCAACAACUGCUCUUGCAGAAAUGUUGGAACUGAAGGCCGAUCCCACUGGUCCUGUGGAAGGCACUGUCAUAGAGUCUUUCACAGACAAAGGAAGAGGUCCAGUCACUACGGCAAUAAUUCAAAGAGGAACUUUGAGGAAAGGCUCAAUUUUGGUUGCGGGAAAGUGUUGGGCAAAAGUCCGCACCAUGUUUGAUGAGAACGGCAGGACCAUGCAGGAGGCCUGCCCCAGCAUGCCCGUGGGGAUAGUGGGCUGGAGGGACCUCCCUGCGGCCGGAGACGAGAUCCUUGAAGUGGAAUCUGAGGCAAGGGCGCACGAAGUUGUUAACUGGAGGAAGUAUGAGCAGGAACAGGAGAGAAAUAAAGAUGAUCUUAAACUAGUCGAAGAAAAGCGAAAGGAACACCAAGAAGCACAUCGCAAAGCGCGGGAGAAGUACGGCAGUGUGCACUGGAAGGAAAGGUCGUAUUUAAAAUACCAGGAGAGAAAGGAACACACCUCCGGAAAGCAAAAAGAAAGAGUAGAAAGAGACUUACAUGUACUUCCUAUAAUCAUUAAAGGUGAUGUUGACGGUUCUGUCGAAGCCAUUUUGGACAUUAUCGAUACCUAUGAUGCUUCAGACGAGUGUAAACUAGAAUUAGUCCAUUUCGGAGUGGGUGACAUCAGUGAAAACGAUGUGAACCUUGCAGAAACGUUUGGUGGCAUCGUAUACGGCUUCAAUGUGAAUGCAAGCAACGUUCUCCUAAAGUCAGCAGAGAAAAAGCAAGUCAAGAUUAAGCUUCACAAAAUCAUUUAUCGUCUUGUUGAAGAUUUACAGGAGGAGCUGAGCAGUAGGCUGCCCUGUGUCAUAGAAGAACAGCCAGUAGGUGAGUGUUCACUGAAUGCCGCCCUGAAACAAGGCAAGAAGAAAGUUCCUGUGGCUGGCUGCAGAGUCCAAAAGGGACAGUUAGAGAAAAGAAAGAAAUUUAAACUAAUCCGCAGUGGACACGAAGUUUGGAAGGGUUCAUUAAUCUCAUUGAAGCACCACAAAGAUGAUGUUCCAGUCAUCAAAACUGGAAUGGACUGUGGUCUUAGUGUGGAUGAAGAAAAUAUAGAAUGCGCCUUCUCCGCGCCCGGACCCCCCGCGCGCCCCUGGCCACUACUUGCCUUCCUUGUCCUGGAUCUUGGCCUUCACAUUCUCGAUUGUGUCCGAGGGUUCAACCUGCAAGUUACAAAAAGCCCUAAUGGUCACCGCGCCCCCGCCCGCCCAGCACCCGGCGUCCGAGCGUCCAGGCCGCGGCAGCCCCACCACGUGUCCGCGGAGCCUCGCCGGACCCCCGCGCCCGGGAACCAACCCCGGCGCCCAACUGCGAGCCUGGACCAGCAGGCGGGAGCCCACUCCUCGCCUCGGAACCCAGGCCCCGGCGUGGACCGGGUCUCAGAUCCGGAGCACGUUCCCCGCCCGGGGCCCCCACGCCACCCGGCCCGUACCUCGAGCGUGAUGGUCUUCCCCGUGAGGGUUUUUACGAAAAUCUGCAUCUUGCCGGUGGGCCCACCUGCAAACGGGGGAAACGAAGAGGCCGAUUUAGCCCUAACGCCACAUAAGCCAGGAAAGGAGAAAGUCGCAGGUCCGAGAACGGCCUGGGAGACACACUCACCGCAGACGGCUGAUCGGAAAAGAAGGACGCCGCGCAGGCUCACGGGUUUUUCCGGCCCUGGCCGCAGGCCCCGCCCCUGA